ACGGUGGGGUGACCAAUGGGAAGCGGCCACGGACUCGGUAUCCUUGAUCGCUGCUGGUGGGAGGAAUUUCUGUACAAGCAUAAAAACAAAAUUUCCCAGCCGUUGACUGGUGAGGUUGGGGAUCGGGAAAGUGUGUGGAGCCGUCGUGAGCAGUAGCAGCUGUCGCUGUCGGAGACGCAGUGGGAUCCCAAAGUCUAGCCAAGGAGUGCCAGCAGAUCCCUGAGUGAUCCUUGUUUGGAGUGACGCACCUUCCCACUCACUAGGGGUGGUCAAGGACUUACUGAUUUUUUUCUUUUGUUUAAGAAACAUUUUGCCACGGCCCAGUUCCGGGACUCAGGUUCCCGGUGAAUUUCCAGCAAGCUGUUUCCUGCAGGGAGAGACGCGAUGGUCCGAUCGACGUUGGCCACCGCUGCCAGCCUGGUGCUCACCACAACUGUGGUCACCCAUGCCUAUUACCUGAAGCGGCAGUUUUACCCCACUGUGGUGUACCUGACUAAAUCCAGCCCAAGUAUGGCGGUGCUGUACAUCCAGGCAUUUGUCUUGGUCUUCCUCAUUGGCAAGUUCAUGCGGAAAGUGUUCUUUGGGCAGCUGCGCGCUGCGGAGAUGGAGCAUUUAAUCGAGCGUUCCUGGUACGCUGUUACUGAGACCUGCCUGGCAUUCACCGUCUUCCGGGAUGAUUUUAGCCCACGCUUUGUGGCCCUCUUCACCCUGCUGCUCUUUCUCAAGUGCUUCCACUGGCUAGCUGAGGACAGGGUGGACUUUAUGGAGCGGAGUCCAAACAUCUCGUGGCUUUUUCACUUCCGAGUUGUCUCACUGACAAGUUUACUGGCUCUGUUGGAUCUGUUGUUUGUAAACCAUGCCUGUCACAGCAUCAUGACUCGGGGAGCAUCCGUCCAGCUGGUGUUUGGCUUUGAGUAUGCCAUUCUCCUCACCAUGGUGCUGACCAUAUUCAUCAAAUACAUUCUGCACACCAUUGAUCUUCAGAGUGAGAAUCCCUGGGACAACAAGGCUGUGUAUAUGCUCUACACCGAGCUUCUGACCGGGUUCAUUAAGGUGCUGCUCUACAUGGCCUUCAUGACCAUAAUGAUCAAGGUUCACACAUUCCCUCUGUUUGCCAUCCGUCCCAUGUACCUGACUAUGAGGCAAUUCAAGAAGGCAGUGACUGAUGCCAUCAUGUCGAGACGAGCUAUUCGCAACAUGAACACACUGUAUCCCGAUGCCAGUCCAGAGGACCUCCAGCAAACCGACAACGUCUGCAUCAUUUGCCGUGAGGAGAUGGUGACUGGAGCCAAACGCCUGCCGUGUAACCAUAUCUUCCACACCAGUUGUCUCCGUUCCUGGUUCCAGCGGCAGCAGACGUGCCCCACGUGUCGCAUGGAUGUGCUGCGGGUCACGCCCCCCAUGCAGACACCACCACAGCAGCCUCAGCCGCAGGUGCCGCAGACGCCCCUGGUCCCCCAGCAACCCAAUCUGCCUCCAGGGAUGCCACCCUUUCUGCCAGGAAUGUUCCCCUUCUGGCCACCCAUGGGUCAGCACCUCUUCCCACAGGCUCCUGGUGCGGCUCCAAGUGCACCACAGCCAAACACGUCAGCUGCUACCAGUGCAGAGGGCCAGGCUAACACUGCCAAUGGUGAAGAAUCCCGGAGCACUGAGGCCAUGUCGGGGACUGGUUUGGAGCCACCCCCUGCUGGAUCGAUCCCAGGAUUUCCAUUUUCCUUCCCUGCCUUCCCGUCGGCUCCUUGGGUGGGAAUGCCACCCCCGCCAUUUGGAAUGCCUCCGAUGCCAAUGCCACCUUCCGGCUUUGCCGGAUUGACAGACGAGGAGCUCCGAGCAAUGGAAGGUCAGGAGCGUCAGAAUCUGGAAGCGAGACUGCAGUGCCUUCAGAAUAUUCACACGCUACUGGAUGCGGCCAUGGUCCAAAUCCACCAGUACCUCUCGGUCGUUGCUACUCUCAGUCCGCCCAGACCAACAGCAACUACCAGCUCAGCACCAAGCACGGAGUCUACAGAUCCAGCAUCUGGAUCGCAGGUGGAUUCAACUGGAGACUCUCCACCUCCUGCUUUCGACAGCACCUCUGCACAACCUCCCCUGCAACCUGAAGACAUAGGGCAGAGUGACCUGGAAGGGGCAGUGGGAUACUCCGUACCUGACUCAGCUGAAGUCCCGGGCAACGAGAAGGACCCUCUCAGUGAACCAGAUGCAGCCGAACUGCGCCGGCGGCGGCUACGGAAACUUGACCUGCCCAGCACCCAUCACUGACCACUCGGAUUGGACUACACAGCUCGACGCCGGGUCAGAGACAGACUGGGGUUAGGAUGGGAGAGACCCAGAGAGAAUGUGGGGAGGGCUCGGGCUGGGGCAAGAGAGGGUGCCAGUAUGUCCUCCCUUUCUCUCUCUCCAGGGUGUCUUUCAUCACCCCUGCAUUCCCCACCCACCACCAAGUGCCAUUGAUCCUGUGCUAACACAGGAAGUCCGAGCUUUGAAAGUCGCUGCCAAAGACCCUGCGGCGAAUCUGGGAAUAUCGAGAAACUCCAGUAAAAAGCAACAGAUACACCAGCUGUGACCUCUCACUCUCUCUCGUUCUGUCCUCCAUGCACACAGCCUGACGCUUGUAGUGAAAUUCAGCAAGGUUCUCUUCUCCCUCACCCCCCCCCCCCCCCCAAAAAAAAAAAUCCUUUGCCUAUCCCUGUUUCAAAAGGGUAGUUGGGUUUGGACAGGGCUCUUGCUGCUAUCUGGUAAAGUGUCUUUGUGAGUUAGUCCAGCCAUGUCCCUCUCCCCCUGUUUCUGUUUCUCUCCUCCCUCUCCCUGUUUUCUGUUUGUUUGUUUCUCUCCUCCCUCUCCCUGCAUCCAAAAACAAAAGUACGAUAUCUGAUUGUCUAUCUCUGGUGUUGCCAUAUGAGAGGACCACGCCUCGGUAGCCCUGCAUCCACUGUUGUCUACAGAUUGGAUUCAGUCUGCGAACUUGCCCUCAUCAAUGCACUUUGGCAACCUCUUCUCCUCUUUUUCUCCCUGCCUCCACCAAAAACACUGCUGCCAACUGACUAGAGCUGGAAUAAUCGUUUUUCACUUGGAUGUUCUGAAACCAAAGCUUCAAUGUUCCUCUCCUGUACCGCAUGAACAUCCUGAGGGCAAGAGGCGGCAAGACCCAUCUCUGCUAAGAGCAUUGAAACCACUUUGAAUGGACUGAGCCUCAUUGUACCGAACCAUGCCGCUCUUUUGUCCCUCUCUUUUUGAAUGUUUUAAACUUCUGUAUUUGCUGUUUGUUUAAUAAUGUCGCUCUCUUGUUGGAACGAGGAUUUACUUAAAUGGUAUAUGCAUAGCAGAAGUAUCAGUGGACACCAAGCAAGUAGACGUUUGCCCUCUUCUUGAGAGGGCGGUAAUAUCUCUCCUGUAUCCAAAUAAGUCUCCUGUGAAUCUUUGGUGGGGAAAGAGUGAGGAGCCUUGGAUAGGAGUCUGGGAGCCAGUUCCAGAAGGGACACUUCACAUUAACUUUUACCCUCUGCAAUAGGAUUAAACUGAUAGCUGGUUUGAAAGUCAAUAGAUACAGCUUGUGUCUUUGGGGACUUGAAGAUUGGUGGUUGAUGAGUUUUAUUUUGCUUAAAGCACUUUUUUGUUUUUCUUUUCAAAUCUAUUGUAGGGAGUUCCCUAUUUCUUAUUACAUGUCAGACAUAUUGGAGUUCCAUUUGUGUGCACAUAACAUUCACUAGUUAAGGAAAGAGGGUUGUCAGUUUCCCAUUCCCCUGUCUGGGAUGAUUAGCACUGGAUUGGCCUGCUGGCAAUUUUUCUCAUCUGUUCUUGGUCCCAGCUGUGAUUUCAGAGGCUUGGAAAGUGCCAUGCAUGUGAAUCUGCUCGCUCGACAUAAACAGACCCAAGGGAAGGGGAACAGCCUCCCUUCCCGCCCAUCUCUUUUCAAUAUUGUCAACGUACUCAAGGAUAGUAGAAACUACAUUGGAUGGGAUGCCUCCAUCAUCUCUUUGCAUGUACAUCUUUCUUUCAAUGUUCCCUGUCAAUUAAAAGGUUUAAUUUUUGGAUUGUGGCAAAAAGUUUAAUUGUUGCAUGCUCUAAAUUUACAUUGCCUCUUUCCAAAAAGAAAACCUUUUGUGACUUCACUUCACAGUGUGAAUGACCGAUGUUUCACAGCAAUCUUGUUGGGAUCUGUUGUUGCCAGCAACAACAGUGCAAGAGAACCAGCCUUCCCAGUUGGUGUGACAGUGAGCCAUAUAAGCUAAGACUUCAGGAAAUCCCUUUUCACUGUCUGCACUGAGUUGGCUGAUUGUGAAUGAUUAAGAUUGACCUCCCUGUGUCCUGAGGCUGUUUCGUGGUGGUUAAUUAGGGGUGGGCUGACUGUGGAAUCCAAGGGGAUUGACAGCCAAGGCUGCUGUACAGCCCACACUCCCUGAGGACGAAGGUCAGCACAGCCGUUGCGCUAUUCCAGCCGGCCCACUUUGUGACAACAUGAACUCCUCUUUCUGGCUCACACCAUUAUAACACCCCACCCACAUUCACAGCCUUAUACUGGCUCUGGGACUCAUUGGAACCCUCCAUCAUCUAUUAAACUGCAUGCAGGAAGAAUAGGCACUCCCAUUUCUGAUGAGAUGCUGAAGGUGGUGGGGGUGCGGUUUUCAGUGCGGCUUGUGGACAGAGUACUCCACCGGUACUUGAUCAGCCUGUAUAUCAGUACGUGAGGUGUUUUUGGGGGCUGCUGAAUGUUGUAUAGCGUCCAGUCUCCAUGAGAGUUGCUAUUAAUUGGAGGGAAUGGGAAGGGGUAAGCACUUGAUGAUUUUUGUGAGGGUGAGAUUGGUCACAAGUAAAUUUGUGUGUCUGGAUUGAGCUUGCUGUCGCUUUUGCUCUGAAUGACAGUGUUAAGAAAUUGCAAGGAAUCUUCUUCCAUAGUUGCAGUGGUAAACAGAAGGGCAGUGAGGCCUGUCAUUCUCUGUCUCUUUCCCACACCCUGUGGAUGAUGCUCACUGUUCAUUGUGAUGUGCUAGUAGUAAAUAAGGCAGUGGGGUAGGUCUGAGUUGGUGGCAGUAUUCAUUAAUCUGUAACACUAUUGGGAGGGUGGGGUACAGGGUUCUGAUGGAGGUAAUGGGUCCCACUAGUGUGUGGGAAGCUGUCCUAUCUUCUGCAGUUCCCUGCCCUUGUUGCUGUGGUAUCAAGUGGAACACUGUGCCCUUGAUAGAGGCACCUGUGUGAGUUGUAACUCAUUGAUUCUGCUUAAUGUUGUUGGUGUCAAAUAGGCCAAACACUUUGACGGCGGAAUACUGCUCUCGAGAGAAUGAGGGCUGCUCCCUAAGGAAUAAGCUUUUCUUCCUUUUUGAACAUUUCAGUCUUUAUCUUUAAACCCCCCAAAAUUGAGGCUGAAACAGUUUUGAUUCAAAAUGAGAGUCCACGUAUGUGUGUCAGGCAUCUUGGUCAGAUGUAUGGUUUGAAAGUUGUUGGACCUGAGAUGUGUGACCUGCAGAAACCGUUUUCUCUCUGCUGUUUUCAGUUUAGGGUCUCUGCAUAAUCCAAGGAAUCUUUUAAGUCUAAAAGCUCUAUACAGGUGAGGGUUUUGAGGUUGAUUAUUUAAUUUGUACAUAUUGUAUAAAAUUUUAAUAGCUGGAAUUGUACAUACUGCACAAUAAAUUCUGCUGGUUC